CCAGUCGCUGCGCGAACGUUGAGCUCGGGUUUUCUGUCGUCCUCGCCCUGAGCCCUUUUUUUCGCGGUCCCUCCUCCUCUCUCUCUCACACUCUCUUGUACACCCUCUCUUUCUAUUUCCGAGGGAGAAAUCGAGAGACAGUCUCUCUCGAUAUACACACGUGAUACCAAUUUUUUUUCCCCGUCGACCUUUCGUGAGAGGAACCGGACCGAGAGGGAGGAGGACAAAAGGGGGUGCUUGUUUGUCGCGUGUGCGGAAACUUGGGUGAUCGAAAAGCCAGCUGAGUGCGUUUCGAAGGAUGUAGAUUUCUCUUGUGACCUAAGUCUCUAUCUCGUGCGAUCUCUCGAGGGAUACUUGAAGACUUCUCUCUUCUUUCGGGAUAUCGGCGAUCAUGGUGAACGGUGUCUCGUGACGAUUCGUGACAGAGAAUUCGAACCUAUCUCGUCCAAGUUUCUACUUAAAAAUUGGUGGACCAGCGAGGAGACCCGGCCAUUCUGCCUCGAGAUUCGCCCCUCGAUAUUAUUCGCAAGCUGAUGCACCUUGGUGGAUUCAGUUUUACAUCGGCUCGAUCGAAGAACCGCAGUCUUCUUUUAGCCACGGUGAAGGGUCAGCGCGCGUGGCUAGUGGGUCAGCGAAAAAUGCGAUAGAAACGAAGGACUUGGAUUCUGCCGCGAGAGAAAGAAGAGAACGAGAGGGAAAAAGAGAGGGGAGUUUAUCGCCGGAUGAAAGAGCACCAUGUGCUCAAUCGUACCAGCCUGGCGGCGGUGGGCUGCCCUUCUCGGCAUGAUGCUCCUGCUGUUGCUAUCUUGGGGAACGGGCGCGGCGGAAGGCUGCCCAAGUAUGUGCGCAUGCAAGUGGAAAGGCGGAAAAGAGUGGGUAGAGUGCGCGAAUCGUAGCCUCAAGGGAUUACCGCAGGGCGCCCGAGAGGAAACACAGGUGCUCGACCUUUCUGACAAUCAGUUGGUCAACCUGCCGGCGGAGUGUUUCUAUGCACUUGGCCUAGUUAAUCUCCAACGGCUCUAUCUGGGCAGAUCCCACAUCGUCCAAAUUGCCUCCGAAGCAUUUGUCGGAUUGGUCGGCCUGGUGGAUUUGGAUCUGUCUGAAAACAAAAUCGAAGAGGUGCCCACAGAUACGUUUGCCUCUUAUCCAAGUCUAAUGAGACUUAUAUUAAACGGAAAUCCGAUUAAAGAGAUUCGCCAGGAUGCGUUUCGCCGCCUGGUACACUUAACCAAUCUAGAAAUUAGCAAGUGUGAAAUAAAAACCAUCGAGCAAGAUGCUUUCGAGGGCCUCCAAUCACUAGAGUGGCUUCGACUGGACGGAAAUCAACUUAUUCACGUGCCUGAUCACACUCUGCCGCUAGGAGGAAAUCUCAGAGGAUUGACUCUUCAUAACAAUCCGUGGCAAUGCAACUGUAAAUUGAGAAUAAUGCAGGCCUGGCUGAAGGAAUCUGCUCCAGCAGCCCCGCAAGAGUCUGAACCAGUCUGCGAGUCUCCGGACAGACUACGAGGCAGACAAAUCAAGAGUCUCAAGAUUACCGAACUGGCUUGCCUGCCUCAUAUCGAUCUUCAAAGUCGUUUAGAUAUUUAUGAAGGAGGAAAUGUUACCUUGACAUGCAAUGUCCACGCAAUACCUACCGCCAAAGUCGUUUGGUGGUUUAAUGGGGAACCAUGCGAGUUGCAAAACGAGAAUGACUCUAUAGUGAAUGGUAUUUCUGCGUUUCCAAGAUAUAUUUACCGACAACGAGGCGGGACCAACAUGAGCAGCACAUUGUUUCUUUAUUCAAUCGAGUCACUCGAUGAAGGUACUUACAGUUGCAUCGCAGAGAACAGUGCGGGUUCUGCAGUGGCAAACCUCUCUCUCUUUGUGCUCUAUCGCGAGAAACCCACCGUGGAACCGCCCUCCGACAAUCCUGGUUCCGGCUACGUGGCUGCGAUAGCCGCGGGCGCACUGGUGGGCACUCUCUUGGCGUUGGGUUGCUUGAUAGGAAGCGUGAUAUAUUGCGCGAGAAAACGACGUCGCGACCGGAAGCGCAACUCAAAGGCCCUGGUGACCCAGAGUAAAUCGGUGUUACCGAUCACGAAGGACACCACUAGCAGUUCCUGUCGGAAGGGCAACGGCAGCCUGAUCGGUUUAGAGCAUCAACAGAUGGUUUCAUACACCGAACGAGAAAUCAGCCGAGCGGCCACUUUGGAGCGCCGAGAACACUCCAGAAGCACGUAUCCGGUGGCGAGUCCGGUCUCCAAGUACCUGACCGAACCGGAUUUGAUCAAUGAAGUGCCCGAGAGCACCGAGGUGGGCUACGGCCAGCUGUACGGACGGCAUCAUCAGCGAGUCGAUGGCGCUGAUCGGCAGAUCUUGGAGUACGACUCAGGUUAUCCAUUGCAGCCUGAUCUACGACCGCCGCCCGUUUUACCGCAGAUGAGCUACCUAGAUCAGGACGGCUAUCCAUUGAACUUCGGCCUGCCCAAGAUUUCUUUCACCGCCAGCACUCUGCCCAGGCUUCGGCAACGGAUGUCCGAGGCUGGCUCGGCGGCUGCGCCGGCGGCCAGAUAUUCGCGCGAAGCAGAAUUCCUCGCGAGAUCACGAUACGAUCCCGUUUUACCGCGAACCGACGCCAGGUACACCGCCGAGGGUUAUCCCUAUCCGGUGCACCAACAGCAACAACCGCUGCAAUCGACGAUGCAGCCGCCGCCGCCGCUUUCGAUUCAGCCGGUCGAGCAACCGAUUCAGCAACAGCUGCCCAUUCAGUCACCGGUCUCGCCGGUCGCUGUCUUCCCGGAAGUACCCUUCAUACCGUCACCUCCAGCGGCUUAGGGCGAGACCACCCCUUUGUCGCCGAGAUCGCUUCUCGGAAAGACUGCUCGCGAGGCCGCGGCUGCCGCUGCUGCGAGGGCAGAGGAACUGCAGCCACCGAAUCAUCCGGAGAGUCCUGAUGAGGGCUAUGUGGGAGACGCGAUGGACGUCUGAAAAAUAGCCACUGGCGAUAAUAGAAAUAAUCGUCAGGUUUGAAAAGCGUGGAAGAUUUCUGCUCUAUUGUUGAAUAAGAUUGACGUUCACUUUUUGCAAGUCUACUCUCGACCUUCGUUUUCUAUGGACCUAUACGGAAGGAAAGAUUGGAAGAAUCGAUUUCUCUGCAAAAUCUACUGCCGUUUAAUUUCCUCGAAAGUGGAAAAAUAAGAAAAGAUGAUACUAUAUACACAGUUAUGCACAUUUUUUUGAUGACAUUUAAAAAAAAACAGCUAUCAUUUACUGCCUGAUCUUUAUCAAAAAAUUUUAUCCUGAAAUAACAUUAAUUUUAAGAAUCAAUGAUUACGCGCACAAAUAUUCGAUGAUCUUUUAACUCUAUCCUAAUCGUUUUAUUUAUAAAAAAAUAAAUUCAUUAUUUUCAUGUAUAAAUUUCUACGUAUAUCAUCAACGAAACAAUCAUUACGGGUUAAGAAAGAAGAUUUCUUCUCAUUCUUUUUGCUCAACCUAUUGAUCCAGCGCAGCAAGAAUAACGCGAUGUACUUUUCAUAUAAAAUUUUUACAAUCUUCUUUCACACGAGUCAAAUGUCAUGCAUGAAGACCUUAAUGAAGCUACGAACAAUAUGAAUUACCGGCAUCAAGGAGGAAAUCUGUCCUCGUCACGCUACCAGAUUAAUUCGCAGAGGAUAACAGGGUCCAGGAUGUGAUUGGCGGAACAGGGCCGCCAGAGACGGCGCGAACAAAGGAUUCGUCCUGGCGGUAGAGAUGUAAUAGAUUAAUCAGAAGGCAUGUCUCGAAUGUCAUCGCGGUGCACAAUCUCGUCAGGAGGGAUGACGAAGGAGAUGUUCGCGCUAGGACGAGACAAUCCUCGCAUUCGAGGGAAAUCGACUCCGAAGAAUUUAUGCGGAUCGCGUUUAAAUGCAGAGAGAGAGAGAGAGAGAGAGAGAUGUGUGUGUGUGUGUUUUCGGACAUCAAAAUGGCGGUCGAAUUUAUUUAAACGGCGUGUCGCGUUUGUGAAAUACGACGUCGUUCUUUGGACACGCUCCAAGAAACGUUCGGUCGCGUUGAAAAGGAACCAAGAUGGCGUGACUGAUCCUUAAAGUGAUAGAUAAAUGUUUGGCGGACUCGAUGGAGUGAAACGCGUCUCAUUGAACCCCCGAAGGCGCGCUUUUAGCGUUGCACGAGCAGAAACGUGACCGGUGCUCAAAGCGGCCGCUCCGGCAGGAUCCGCCGAGAAAAUGUGAAAUUAAUUAAAUUUAAUUGUUCAUGUCGAAUCCCUAAUCGUUAAAGUUUGCGACGAAUCGAUAAUUGCGAGAUGAGCGAAAGAUAUAACGGUAAGAAGAGAGAAUUGUCCUUUUUAAUAGUAAAUAUUAUAGAUACUUGGGGAAAUAUUUAUAUAUUAUGGGGUUUAGUAUAUAUGUUCUGUAAAUAUACUAUUCUCAUAUAAAAUUGUUUCGCGGUACCUUAAACAGAUUAUUAUUAUAUCAAAAAGAUAUAAACUUAUAUAACACUUCUUUUUUUUUUUGGAUGUGAAAAUGAUAGAAACGAUCUGUACGCUUUAGUCAGUUCUUAGAUUACUUUGAUAUUGUUUACGGUUAUCACUAGCGUUACACGUUAUAUAUAUAUGUAUGGGAUGCUUGUGAUUCAGAAACCUGCUCAAGCUAUUCUCGCAUCCUUCUAGCACUUUUAUUUUAACUUUUACGGAGAGGGAUAUCGUUUAUUUCGAUUGCGUGAGAACUCUCGAUCCUGGCGUUUCAGGCGGAGACGCAAUUAUAGCAAUUCUGCUGUAGUGAUAAUAAUGUUAACUUGGUGUUUAAGACUGGUGAACUGUGCGAGAUUAAGAGGCCGCAAUGGCACUCGACCUGAUGUACAGAUACCGUUGAACAUACAGGGUGUAUUCUGAAAAAACUGUAUUUACCAGGAUCGAGUCAGCGAAAAAUUUAUCUUGAAAAAAGAUUCAUUAAUUUUGCUGUUAUUUCUUUUAAAAGUAGAUCAGAACUUGAGAAUUAAAGUUCUGAACAUAAUAUAUAGUUUAAGUUAAAUGAAUUUUAUUUCUCACAAUUGUAGAAAUUUAUAUAAAAUA